AUGCGUGGUUUCUACAUGGGACUCGGCGCUAUCGCCCUCCAGGUCGCUGCCGUCUCUGGUCACAAGUACGGUGAGCAGUACUCGAACACCACCGUGAUCGGCUCGCAGGGACUCGUCACGAGCUCUAUCGAGAUGACGACGCAGACCGUCUACGCCACCAAGGUCCGCACCAUUACCUCCUGCAAGCCCGAGGUCACCAACUGCCCGGCCGGCGGCCAUCACGUCACAACUGAGACCAUCGCCAUCUCAACGACCGUCUGCCCCGUGUCCGAGGCCGACAAGACCAAGCCUACCACCACCCCUACCCCGACGCAGUUCACGACCUCGACUGUCUACAUGACCAACGUUCGCACCAUCACCUCGUGCCCUCCCCAGGUCCCCAACUGCCCCGGCGGCACCCACGUCACCACCGAGACCAUUGCCCUCUCGACCACCGUGUGCCCCGUCACCGAGAGCCACCCCCCUAAGACCCUGGUCACGCAGAACCCUCCCCAUUCGCAGCCUCCCAAGCCUCAGCCGUCUGCCAAGACCACGGCCGUCGGCACCGGCUCCUUCUUCCCUCCCACCCUUACCGGCACCGCUCCCAUCGGUCUCCCUACCGCUGCCGCCGGCCGUGUUGGCUCCGGUAUGGCCGGUGUCGCCGCCGGUGUCCUCAUCGCCGCCCUUCUCUAG